AUCAUUUUGACACCAUUGUUUUUGCCUUCCCUCAGCAAAGAUAGUCCCUAUCUGAUGGCGGUUGCCUCAGCAGCAGUGAUGGACAGGAUUGUAAUCCUUGAUGAUGAUGAUGAAGAGGAGAGGCCUCAGCCCUCUUCCUCCACCUCCUCCUCUAAACUCUCAGCCAAUCAGCGUACGCCUCCAAAAAUCCAACAGCCCGCUCCUACUCACAUCACCCAAUCUCCUUUCGCCACGGUGAAGAAAGAGAGCCACGUUCUUCAAGCAGAGAACCAAAAGCUCUUUACUGAGGUAAGAGGUUACAUGGAUGGUGGGGAUGUUUGGUACAGUCACACUACAAAUACGUAGGUUGCGCUGCAACACUGGCAAGCACAACUACUGCUGUGGGUUUGAGUCUUUGCUGGCUAUUAGUCCAUCACAAUGUUGUCAGAUCACAGAAAUCAUAACGUGAUUGUACAUUACCCUCUUGAACUUCCUACAUCACUCUUAAUCAGUGUUUUUUCGAAUCCCAUAGUGUGUGCAAACUUUUUCUCCAGCCCAGCACUAACACAACUGAUUAUAACUAAUCCACUAACCUUAAGCCCUUGUAUUGAGCUAGAACAAAAGUCUGCACCCACCCUGUGGGUCCCCCCCCCCAGUGCAAAGAUUGAAAAACACUCCUCUAAACCUCUCCCUCGUUCACUCCCCUCCCUCGCUUUGUUCAGUUUGUAGAGUACUGCUCGGCCCACACUCAGGACUGCCCCGAGGUCAUGACCUUCCUGCACGCAAAGCACUCCAAGGCCUCGCCGGACUUCCUGUCCUCGGUGGAGUUCCGCAACACACUGGGCCGCUGCCUGACGCGCGCCCAGGCCAGCCGCACCAAGACCUUCGUCUACAUCAAUGAGCUGUGCACCGUCCUUAAACAGCACUCGGACAAGAGGAGGCAGACUGUCGUGAAGGUGGUUCCUACCGCCGGGGAGAAGAAGGAGAUGGAAGAGGAGGCACCGGUGGAGGAGCUACCGUCUACCUCAGGGCAGCAGGAAGAGGAGGAGGAUGCGGUGGAGGACGAGAAGGAGAAGAAGACGAAGAAGGCUUCCCGGAGACAGGUCAGCAGCACCAUAGAUGGACAGUGUCCAUGACUUCUCUAUAGCUUUGUGCACUUGGUCAACCUCAAGGGUUUAAAAGCAUUGGAUUGGUUUAGAUGAAAUAUACCAGGCAUGUCUUCAUCUCUCGCUCUCGGUUUCUCAGAUUGCGUACCUGGAGAACCUGCUGAAGAUGUACAAUGAUGAGAUCCGGCGGCUGCAGGAGAAGGAGCUGAGCGUCAACGAGCUGGAGGAGGAGGACUCCAGCUACAUCCAGGAGCACAGGCUAAAACGCAAGGUCAGAUCACCAAGGCCUAUUGGUUCCAAUGGCUCAGUUGGUUAGAGUGUGACGCUUGUAAAACCAGAGGUUGGUUUGAUUCCUGCAUGAGCCACAUAGUAAAUACAUGUGUUAACUGUACGUGGCUUUGAUAGAAGUAUCUGCGAAACUACUUUGUUUUUUUAGCCACUGAAAACCUCUCUCAUAUAGAUGAUGAAGAUCUAUGAUAAGCUCUGUGAGCUGAAGGGCUGCAGCAGUCUGACAGGCCGAGUGAUCGAGCAGAGGAUCCAAUAUAAAGGGACACGCUACCCUGAGGUCAACAGAAAGGUAACCAACACAUGACAAUCAACCAACUCAUUGUUGAUUGACAACCCAAUGUUUUUUGAACACUGCUCAUUUUUUUAUAUAGACUAUGGAUGAAAAUGAGCUUUAUAACUAACCACAGUAUGAGAUAAAUCAAGGAAUAAGUAUAAAUAGGUAAUAAAUACAUGAAAACAUGACGAUAUACUCUGAUCCCACCCCCAGAUUGAGCGUUUCAUCAAUAGUCCCGAGGCCCAGCUGAAUCCCCCCGACUACACGGACAUCCUGCAGCAUGUCCGUCGGGCCAACGAGCGCAAAGGCCUCAACCUCAGCAGAAAGCAGCUGACCCAGAUCGCCCAGGACGCCUUCCGUGAGACUGGCAACCGCCUGCAGGAGAGACGCCACCUCGACAUGGUCUACAACUUCGGCUCGCACCUCACAGACCUCUACAAACCCGGUAAGAGAACGUAGGAUACCAUACCUCUACAUUCCUGUUUGGAGCUGUGUGUGUUCGUCCGCUGUACGUCUUUCUGUGUGUGUGUGUGUGUGCCUGUGUUUAAGAAUAAAGAUAAUUACACACUAGGGCUGGGAAUUGCCAGGGACCUCACGAUACGAUAUCACGAUACUUAGGUGCCGAUACGAUAUGUGUUGCGAUUCUCACGAUUCUAUAUGUAUUGCAAUUCGAUACUGUGAUUUUAUUGCAAUCUGAUGUUCCAAACAUAUUUAUCACCAUCUGUCUGCUGCAGAGGGACUAGAGAGAGCUAUGAGAAAACAAGUUUUGAUCAGUCAUGGAAAUAAAAGUGCUGAAAACAAAAUGGAGCCCUAUUUGAAAAUAAUAUGGAGAACAAGCAAUGAAGGAAAGAUACUGGAGUUUUGGUGCAGGUACAGCCAACUAGCACAAAAAUUAUAUUGUGAUAUUGUCAAAAAGAUACGAUAAAUGGUCAAAAAUAAUAUCCCGACAUGUAGCUGAAUGGAUCCCCCAUCACUAUAAUACACUUCACCAAGUUGUGAAAUCUUGGUAGUUGAUACACAGUGAUACCAGUAUGCUGCUUUGUGCAUAUCAGGUCGAACAUGUGAAAACUAUACUGAACAAAAAUAUAAACGCAAAGUGUUGGUCUCAUGAGUUGAAAUUAAAGAUCCCAGAAAUGUUCCAUACGCACAAAAAGCUUAUUUAUCUCAAAUUGUGUGCACAAAUAUGUUUACAUCCCUGUUAGGGAGCAUUUCUCCUUUGCCCAGGUAAUCCAUCCACCUGGCAGGUGUGGCAUAUCAAGAAGCUGAUUAAACAGCAUUAUCAUUACACAGGUGCACCUUGUGCUGGGGACAAUAAAAGGCCACUCAAAAAUGUGCUGUUUUGUCACACAAGACAAUGCCACAGACGUCUCAAGUUUUGAAAGAGCGUGCAAUUGGCAUGCUGACAGCAGGAAUAUCCACCAGAGCUGUUGCCAGAGAAUUUAAUGUUAAUUUCUCUACCAUAAGCUGCCUCCAACGUCGUUUUAGAGAAUUUGGCUGUACCUCCAACCGGCCUCACAACCACAGACCAUGUGUAACCAUGCCAGCCCAGGACCUCCACAUCCGGCUUCUUCAGCUGCGGGAUCGUCUGAGACCAGCCACCUGGACAGCUGAUGAAACUGAGGAGUAUUUCUGUCUAAUAACGUCCUUUAGUGGGGGAAAAACGAAUUAUGUUUGGCUGGGCUUGGCUCCUCAGUGGGUCGGCCUGGCUCCCAAGUGGGUGGGCCUAUUUGUAUUUAUUAUGGAUCCCCAUUGGCAGCAGCUACUCUUCCUGGGGUCCAGCAAAAUUAAGGCAGUUAUACAUUUAAAAAACAUUACAAUACAUUCAUAACAGAUUUCACAACAUACACUGCUCAAAAAAAUAAAGGGAACACUUAAACAACACAAUGUAACUCCAAGUCAAUCACACUUCUGUGAAAUCAAACUGUCCACUUAGGAAGCAACACUGAUUGACAAUACAUUUCACAUGCUGUUGUGCAAAUGGAAUAGACAACAGGUGGAAAUUAUAGGCAAUUAGCAAGACGCCCCCAAUAAAGGACUGGUUUUGCAGGUGGUGACCACAGACCACUUCUCAGUUCCUAUGCUUCCUGGCUGAUGUUUUGGUCACUUUUGAAUGCUGGCGGUGCUUUCACUCUAGUGGUAGCAUGAGACGGAGUCUACAACCCACACAAGUGGCUCAGGUAGUGCAGCUCAUCCAGGAUGGCACAUCAAUGCGAGCUGUGGCAAGAAGGUUUGCUGUGUCUGUCAGCGUAGUGUCCAGAGCACGGAGGCGCUACCAGGAGACAGGCCAGUACAUCAGGAGACGUGGAGGAGGCCGUAGGAGGGCAACAACCCAGCAGCAGGACUGCUACCUCCGCCUUUGUGCAAGGAGGAGCAGGAGGAGCACUGCCAGAGCCCUGCAAAAUGACCUCCAGCAGGCCACAAAUGUGCAUGUGUCUGCUCAAACGGUCAGAAACAGACUCUAUGAGGGCCCGACGUCCACAGGUGGGGGUUGUGCUUUUACAGCCCAACACUGUGCAGGACGUUUGGCAUUUGCCAGAGAACACCAAGAUUGGUAAAUUCGCCACUGGCGCCCUGUGCUCUUCACAGAUGAAAGCAGGUUCACACUGAGCACAUGUGACAGACGUGACAGAGUCUGGAGACGCCGUGGAGAACGUUCUGCUGCCUGCAACAUCCUCCAGCAUGACCGGUUUGGCGGUGGGUCAGUCAUGGUGUGGGGUGGCAUUUCUUUGGGGGGCCGCACAGCCCUCCAUGUGCUCGCCAGAGGUAGCCUGACUGCCAUUAGGUACCGAGAUGAGAUCCUCAGACCCCUUGUGAGACCAUAUGCUGGUGCGGUUGGCCCUGGGUUCCUCCUAAUGCAAGACAAUGCUAGACCUCAUGUGGCUGGAGUGUGUCAGCAGUUCCUACAAGAGGAAGGCAUUGAUGCUAUGGACUGGCCCGCCCGUUCCCCAGACCUGAAUCCAAUUGAGCACAUCUGGGACAUCAUGUCUCGCUCCAUCCACCAACGCCACGUUGCACCACAGACGGUCCAGGAGUUGGCGGAUGCUUUAGUCCAGGUCUGGGAGGAGAUCCCUCAGGAGACCAUCCGCCACCUCAUCAGGAGCAUGCCCAGGCAUUGUAGGGAGGUCAUACAGUCACGUGGAGGCCACACACACUACUGAGCCUAAUUUUGACUUGUUUUAAGGACAUUACAUCAAAGUUGGAUCAGCCUGUAGUGUGGUAUUCCACUUUAAUUUUGAGGGUGACUCCAAAUCCAGACCUCCAUGGGUUGAUACAUUUGAUUUCCAUUAAUAAUUUGUGUGAUUUUGUUGUCAGCACAUUCAACUAUGUAAAGAAAGAAGUAUUUAAUAAGAUUAUUUCAUUCAUUCAGAUCUAGGAUGUGUUAUUUUAGUGUUCCCUUUAUUUUUUGGAGCAGUGUAUUAAGUGUGUGCCCUCAGGCCUCUACUAUACUACCACUUAUCUAUAACACAAUCUAUGUGUACAGUACCAGUCAAAAGUUUGGCCACACCUACUCAUUCAAGGUUUUUUUUUUUUUUUUUAAACUAUUUUCUACAGUGUAGAAUAAUAGUGAAGACAACAAAACUAUGAAAUAACACAUAUGGAAUAAUUUAGUAACCAAAAAAGUGUUAAACAAAUCAAAAUAUCAAAAGAUUCUUCAAAUACAAUGUAAAAAAUAAAGAAAAAUCCUUUAAUGAGUAGGUGUGUCCAAACUUUUGACUGGUAGUGUACAUAUAGUGCAUAUGUUAUCGUGUGUUUGUAUGCAUGUGUCUGUUUUCUGUUGCUUCACAGUCCCCGCUGUUCCAUAAGGUGUAUUUGUAUGUUUUUUAAAUCUAAUUUUACUGCUGGAAUGACUUACUUGAUGUGGAAUAGAGUUCCAUGUAGUACUGUGCACCUCCCAUAGUCGGUUCUGGACUUGGGGAUUGUGAAGAGACCUCUGGUGGCAAGUCUUGUGGGGUAUGCAUGGGUGUCCGAGCUGUGUGCCAGUAGUUCAAACACACAGCUCGGUGCAUUCAAUAUGUCAAUACCUCUCACAAAUACAAGUAGUGAUGAAGUCAAUCUCUCCUCCACUUUGAGCCAGGAGACCCUGACAUACAUAUUAUUAUUGUUAGCUCUCUGUGUACAUCCAAGGGCCAGCCAUGCUGUCCUCUUCUGAGCCAAAUGCAAUUUUCCUAAGUCCCUCUUUGUGGCACCUGACCACACGACUGAACAGUAGUCCAGGUGUGACAAAACUAGGGCCUGUAGGACCUGUCUUGUUGAUAGUGCUGUUAAGAAUGCAGAGCAGCACUUUAUUCCCUCCCAGGCCCACCCAUGGCUGUGCCCCUGCCCAGUCAUGUGAAAUCCAUAGAUUAGAGCCUAAUGAAUUUAUUUCAAUUGACUGAUUUCCUUAUGAACUGUAACUCAGUAAAAUCGUUAAAAUUGUUGCAUGUUGGUUUUAUAUUUUUCUUCAGUAUAUUUAGGAAGGUUGACUACGAAGUCAUUAACUCUCACCCUUUUUUCCCCCUCUUUCAUUUACCCCACUCUUACCAGCUACUGACCCUGCCCUGUUGGACCCCACAUUGGCCCGUAAGCUGCGCUCUAACCGGGAAGCGGCUCUCUCCAGCCUGGAGCAGGUCAUCUCCAAAUACGCCCUGAAGCAGGACGACACGGAGGAGGUGGAAAGGAGGAAACGGCUAGAGAGAGACAGGCAAAAGAAAGAGGUAAGAGACCUAGAAGGAGAACAAUUCUGUAAUUGUCACCUGUUAUGAUCAGCCAGAGCUUUUCCACAUCUGCUUGACAUAUUACAUGGUAUUUAUUUACACAAAUGACUGUCACCACUCACUGUCUGUCUGUUCUGUGUGUCAAUGGAAGGGUCAGUCAUCGGAGCAGGCCACCACAGCCGAUGACAAUCCCCUGAUGAAGGGAGAGGAGGAGGUUGAGGAACAAGCUGAGGAAGAGGAUGAUGAAGACGACGAGUCGUCUGAUCCAGACAUCGAGGAGGAGAUCCAGGCCAGCAAAGCACAAGCAGGGCCAGGUGAUGAUGAUGAUGAAUUGCAUUUACACAGCGCCUUUCUCAAAUUCGGUGUUUUAAAACAGUUUAUCCUGGGUUUUGGCUACAACAUAGAUAAAUACAAUAAAAAUCUGGUUUCAACUGAUUUGAGUUUUAUUUUUUUCAGAGGAGGAGGAGGACAACAAUGAGGUAGAGGCAGCCAACAAGAGUGAAACCGAGGUGGAUAGGGGGAGUGACGGAGACCAGGACGGAGGAGAGGAAGAAGAGAACACUGAGGAGGACAAAGACUCUGUGACGAGAGGAACCAGCCCCGUCUCCCGGGGUGAUGCCCCACGGAUCUCCUCCUUAGUCGACGAAUCCCCCACAGACAGCCCCAGCCAAUCAGAGGCGAUGGAGGCAGACAAGGGGAACGAAUCAUCUGAUACCAACCUCCCAAAGGAGGACGUUGUUUCCUCCAAUCACGUUUUGGCUGUGUCUGUAAGCACUAGUGUGGAAACUAAGGACUCCUCAGCCUCCCCCAUGGCGACGAAUCAGGUCUCUUUGCCUCCAUCACCUGUGCUGAUUUCGACCAAUGAGGACUCGUGCACGGUCAUCAUUGAGACGAGGUCAGCAAAUUGCAGCCCCCGGCCACCCAGUACCAAAGACACCUCCAGAGGCAGGAAGAGAAGGAGGAAAGAAUCCAGGAAGUCUCACAACGGGGAUUUAAGGUACCACAAUGGGAGGUGAGUCUGUAGCACCCAAAUGAAUUAUGUAAAAUGAAGUCCAUGGAAGAUAUCUAUCCAUCUUCAAGUGUGGAGACUUGAAUUAAUUAAAUGUCUCUCCAUCUGCAGUGAGAGUGACAUCCCUCUGGACAUGGGUGUGGUGACCAGUAGCCCCUUGCAGGCAGACUCCACCAGGGCUGACACUCCCACCCAGGAGAUGGUCACCAGUUCCCAGUCCACCCCGCCUCCCAAGAAAAACAAGGUGAGAGUAAACGAUGUCUCACUACACAUUUUUCCCACGUAUGCUCAGCAUAUCAUACCCUUGCACUGAAACACGUCUCACCCCUCUAAAACCCCCAAACAUCUGUCACCUCUGUGUGUGUCAUGCACAUGCUCCGCUGCCAUGACAUGUCACUAAAAACCUUUGUUUGUACAGUAUGAAAACCUCUUACCAACCUCAAUUUUGUGUCAUUUUCAGGUCAACGUGGCCACCCAGUGUGACCCGGACGAAGUGAUCGUCCUAUCGGACUCGGAAUAACCUCUGCCCCCACCGUACUGGGUGUUCACGCUUCCCAUUACUAGUCUGAAACCAGGUCUGUUUAUGCUACACAAACAGAUCUGAGACCAGGCUAUCCAACUUGACUUCCAAACUAGUGCCUGCUAAUGUGAACUCUUGAAA